GGUGGUCAGCAGCAGCUAAUCCAAUCGUUAAUGGCGAAGAAAGAGGCGCUCCAAAGGCUGCGGUGGCUUGUCCAAGAGAAACGGGCAGCAUCCGAGAAGCAGGCAGCAUCCGAGAAGAUCCUGCCUACAGCAUUCCCUCUCGACGAUGAAUCGGGCCACCAGGAUGAAAGGGAUGCUGAUGCGGACGCAGAUGCUCAUGACGAGGAUGCCACCGACGCAAGGGAGGGUGAGCAACAGCCCAAGACGAUAGGUGUCACUGACGGCCGCCAAGCUCAGCCUGGUGACAGCGGUGCCAAUCGUCGAUACUUUUGGCAAGGUGAGAGAGGGAGGCGCGGGGCAGAGAGAGGGAGAGAACGGCAUCCUGUCAUCCAGCUUGAUUGUUUGUUCAGACAAGGCGGCUCAGGUUGCUUUGAGGGAGAUGAAAUGGAAGAAGCAACAAACUAUCCGGGACCAGACAAGAGACGUCACUUACGAGUAGGCAAGCAUACCCAGUUACCCACCUGGUCACCGCUCAGUCAGGCGCGGCUCUGCAUUCGCAUCAGUGGUCUCUCUCUCUCUCUCUCUGCCCCGUGUGUGUGGUUACAUCAGCGCGACUGGAGCGAUUGUGGCCUGUGACUCUGAGAGGCAAGGCGAGCAUGCCCGGCAGGCCAUAUUCAAGGCUAAGAGGUCCUUCAGAAGGUCACAGAGAGGGCAGCCCCGUGUGUCGGUGACAGUGUUUGAUCGGAAACGGAAGAAAUGAGUUAGUUUGCCCAGGGAAGAAGACCGGGAUGGGUUGUCGGUGGUUUGAUGGGAUGCUGCUUUGGUGUGUGGCUGGAAGGGGGCGUGCAGCGGGGAGGAUGGGAGGCAGCAGGGAGGGAGGCACAAAUCGG